CCACCUUGCUGCAAAACCACCUGCUGCAGGACCUGCUUCAAGAAAACCUGUGAGACCAGCUGCUGCAGCUCCCCAUGCUGCCCACCCAGCUGCUGUGUGUCCAGCUGCUGCCAGCCCAGCUGCUGUGACUCCCCUUGCUGCCCACCCAGCUGCUGUGGGCCCAGCUGCUGUCUGCCUUCUUGCUCACCUUCUCUGGAUCCCUCUCCCUCCAGGGCGCACUCGGAGCUGUUUCGAACGUCGCUAACUCUGAAGGGCCUUUGCGUGGAGGCCUUUGCUGUGUACAAGCAGAGGCAACUGUUCAUCAUCGCACGACCCAGAGGCAGAGGCCAGGGUAUAAAAAGCCCAGAUGGGAAGAAACCUUCACACCUCAAGAAAACCUGUGAGACCAGCUGCUGCAGCUCCCCAUGCUGCCCACCCAGCUGCUGUGUGUCCAGCUGCUGCCAGCCCAGCUGCUGUGAGUCCAGUGGCUCUGACCAAACCAGCUCUGGGUCUAACUGCUGCCCACCCUGCUGGCAGCCCAGCUCCUGCAGAACCACCUGCCGCACGACCACCUGCUGGAAGCCCACCUGUGUGACCAGCUGCUGCAGCUCCCCUUGCUGCCCACCCAGCUGCUGUGGGUCCAGCUACUCCGAGACCUCCAGCUGCUGA